GUCAGAGUUACAAUGCACCUGUACUACGCGUGCCAUCCGCCAAUUUGACCACAAGACAAAGAUAUGCUAAAACACUCAUUCGUUGAGGGAUAACACAUAACACAUGGCUUGCGAAGAUACGAGUAACGCCGCAAGCGAAUAGCUAGGCUCUCGAACACAUCAUUUCUCGUUGAUCUAAAUCGUUCGCUUUCAUUACUCUGCAACAAGUGGCUUCUUGUAUUCCAGUUGACGCUAUUCAACGACAGUAGGGCUCUUCACUUGGCGCGUAAGUACGUCUAACUCGCCCAUAUUGAUAAGUUGUAGUUGGUAAACAGAGAAUUCUCUGAUUUAAAGGAAAUGAGAAGUUAAGUUUGUGAACGAGUUCCACAACAAAAGGACUUAUUGAUGAAACCGCAACGUGUUCAGACGUUUAUCAAGUAAACAAGUUUUUAAGAGUGAGGGAUUAAUCUGUCUGGGUAUGCGCGUGCCAAUCGACCGUAAACUGCUGUUCUUUGUUUCCAACCAAAUGUUGACAAGUAAAAUUGGGAACUGUUGAUUUGAACUUUGUACAUUAAGGAAAACUUCGUCCGUUCUCUACAAGGCGAGCAAUUUAGAGAUCAUUACUCCAUUUUAAAGGGAAGUUUGAAGGGCGCAACACCUAAGAGAGGUGAGUUCAAAGCGUAUCAGUCAAAUGUAAAUAACUCGCUGUUUAGAGAAAAGAUAAGUAUUUGGUCGAAGUUGUAAUGACUGUUUCAGUCAAUUUGAAUCUUUGAUAAACCAAAUAUGUCGCACAAAAGGAGAAACAUUUGUCAGGGAGGUGCAAACAUUGAUUUAUUAAUAUUCUGUAAACCGCAAUUUUAAGAUCACUUGAAGUUGGCCAACCUUCUGGAAUAAGCUUGGAAUCUUCAGUCAAGUAAUUAAGAGUCAUAUUGAAUUUGGGCGUGGGUUUUGCUAACACAACAAAAGUAAAAAAUUGAUUACACUCAGACGUGGAAACUAUAGAAUGGAACGAAAAUAACGUAAACUGUUAUAUCUUAAUACUAUAAAGAGAUACAACUGCCAUUUUUCCCCAAAAAAUAACUAUAAGAAUUUUCUGGUUCUUUUCAAUUUUUUAUUCACUAAUUAAAUUUAGGCAAAGACUCUCGCGGUGAAAGCGUGGUUUAGUCUUAAGCAUCAAAAAGCUCUCCAUGGCAACUAAUUCACACUGAGAUACUCAAAACAUAGGAAAUUAAUACUUUGGCGCUUUGAACAACGUCUCUUCAAACGACACUCUACAUAGAAUUACGGUAGUACAUUUUACAUUACAAAGUUUCUUUUUGAUCAAUCAAAUUGUAUCUACACUUGCUCGCGUGAUUCUAUCCUUUGCAUGUGUUUUAGAAUUUUCGCGAAUAAAUAUGGAUUUCGCGUAUUGAUUUAAAGCUUGUAUUAGCCUCACCCUAUGCAGCCAAUACCAAGGAAAAAUAGAUUAAGGCAAGAAAAAUAUAUUUGGCUAAAAUAAUUUGAAUAAUAAAGAAAAGGGCUUACAUUAAUCUUAACAAAAAGUCAUAGUUUUUCAUCAACACAGGCGUCAUUAGAAACUCUAAUCAAACAGAGGCUUUCUUGGAGAAUAAUCACUUGUUUUGAAAUCAGUUUUCACCACACAAAAAUAAUAUAAACAAAAUUAUCAGUUUUGUUAUUUCAUGAUACAUUCAAUAGGUUUUAUAUUUCAGCUGCGUCCAUUCACGGUUGAGCUUUGCUUACAUUUUGUAAUAUAAUGUAUAAUAGUCUUCUUUUUCUGACAUUGCCAAAACUUUAUGAUGUAUGUUGUACGUAACCCUCGUCAUAAACUUCUGACAUACACGAGCUUUGUUUAGUUCGUCACACAGUUUUGUGCGAAUAUUUUUUGUAUGAAUAAAUAACUGAUAUGAUAUCAACCGACAAUUAACAUUUUUUUUUAAGCUACAAACUUGAUGAUGGCAAAACUCCUUAUUCUUGCUAAGGCUUUGAUCAACUCUUAGCAAUAUAUUUCUCAGUCGGUUUUACCCCUGUAACUGAAACACUAUUUUAUAGAGAACGGCGCGCAUUUUUAAGAGAACAUCUUGUCUUUUUCGGCAAGCUUCGCAUCUGCCGAAGUGUAACACUCGUAAGUGGAUUUUCGAUUGAUCGAGAUAGAUUUUUGCCACUUAGAAAAACGACCUACUAGAAGGUUUUUUUCUAGUAACAAGAAAUUAUUAUAAUCAAUUUCGCAUUUCUCUUCUUUUUUUUUUCUGAACAGAAGAGGCAAAAAUUAAAUGUCACCCAUGUUUUAAUUGAAACGGAAAUGUAAAUAUCUGCAUCUUUGAGUUCAUCGCCAUGUUCUGUUCACAUAAGAGAGGUGAUUGGGCACAAAUGAAGCGGUAAGGUAAACACUUGAUGCUGUCGCACUUCAAAGUUUCUCGUAAAUUCUGGUCAAAAAUGGCACUUUAAUUAGGAAAGUCAUAAAAACUUCACAAGCGUGAAAUUAAAGUGUCAAAAUAAAACACUUGAUGAGAAAAAUAAAUUGAAAAGUUUUUAGUGUCAAAAAGCCGGAUUCUAUUGGAGAAGAGAGAUUUUUAGGAAGCCGCAAAUCUUUUUGUUUAUCAUUUUCUGCGCUGUGUUUAUCAAUCCUUUGUCACUAAGCCAAGCACGCAACGCUUGGGAAAACUAUCUUGAACUAAAAGAUAGUCUUUUUGAGCGACUCUUUUAUUUGUCGUUUGAGGUAGUAAAAGGCUUUUAUGAAAAGUUCGCUCCGAAGUUUUUAUCUCAAGGUAUUUUCCAAAGUCGUGAAGAAGGAAUGUUCGGCGGUUAACCGCUGUUUUUAAAGACAAAUUUCCGAUUUCCGCACCGAAACCAAAAGCAGGAUAUCCCAGAGACCACGAGGGACGGUUUCUUUUUAUCGGCAAUACGAUUUCGCGAUAAAAUCGAAGCUACUAUACACAACUUAGAAGGUAUGCUCUUCUUUUGCAAUCAUUCCUGAGAUAACCUCCUUAAUAUUUAAGUUCAAUAGUUUACUUUGAACUAUGAAAUGCGGUUGGUUGUGGUUUGUAAGUGUUUUUGGUACACAAUUGUGUUACGUCGGUACGCCUUCUUAUCAGUUAGAUGAACCAGAAAAAGCUUUCUCCGGCUAUAACCAAGUGUUAAAUCAAAACUCAGAAUAUGAAUUUAUGCGUGUGAUAAAACUUAAAUUACACUUUUCAUUACCAUAUAACAUGACUGAAUUUAUGUAUCUUACGGUUCUGUCUGUCUAAACCUGUAGUUCUAAGUCGAAUUGCAAGAACUUUCCCUAAGCUAAUCUUGGUCUUCAAAAAUCGAUGCCCUGAAUAUAAACUAUUGCGUUCUUAUUAUUUUCAUUUCCAAUAUAUCCUAGAUUUGGCACUUAAACUAUAUAAAAGGAAUUAAGACAACCAAGAUAUUGUAUAUAUUUAUGCUAAUAAACAGCAAAUCAAUAUUCAGAGUUAGUGAGGCAUUUAGAUUUCAAACUGAGUGUUGUCGAACACACGGAAACCUGAACCGAACGCGGCAACCCACAGGUAAUUUUAUCUUUAACUCUUUAUGAUGGCAACUUGCCUGGUCUCGAACUUCAAAGCUGAUGCUAUGUUUUGUCUAACUACCAUACGUUAUCUAAACUGAAGGUUUGUCUUUAUCUGUUAGAGAAGUCGUAUUGAUUAGUAAGAUUUGGUUUAGUUGGGGCCAGAUGACUUCAGUAUGAAGUACAAGUGUAGCAGUUGUAGUUUUAGUUGUAGUAAACUGAUUAAGUUCGUUAUUUCAAAACUUGUGAUACAUCCUUAAACUAGUCUAGUAACUGGUAACUGUAACCUCUCGGAAGGAGUAUAGAAAUCUUUGACCGAAGAAAAGCCACCACCAUCGAAAUCAAAUGAAAAAUUUUGCCACUUUGAUACAUUAACAUCAUAAAGGAGCCCGCCGUCAAGUUGUUUGCAAUGACUGACUGAUUUUAAGUCAUGACAACAGUUUCAAGAGAAACCAUAUUAUCGCUAGAGAAACAUGUGACGAAACUUUUCCUGUUUCGCUUUUCAAUUGCUCUUUAUCUGAUGGUUGUUUUUCUUGGCAAAUUCUCUUCUUUGACGUCUUUCAAACAAAAACGGUUUCGCUAUUUUAUAUAUUCACUAGACUAGAACUUGGUACAAACUGAUUGCAUUCACAAUUAGUGCCUUCAGGCAAUAUAUAAUUUUGGGCAAGGAUUCAUAAUUAGUUUGAAGCAUUUUGAAAAUUUCCAAGUCGGAACCUCUCAUAGAAACUGAAGUAUUUGGAGCCAUACAUUUCAUAUAUUUGGUUCUUAACUAAGGAUAAUUCGAAAUAUACAAGCUGAGUGCUUCUGAAGCAAUUAGCAUGAGAGACAAUUCUCCAUUGACGUAUCCUGACCUUCGCUGUCGUAACUAAAAGCCUUCUACAUUAUCAAACGCUGCAUGCCUGGAGUUUUUUCUACUCAGGUUUUGCAGGAACCCACUGGAUUUUUCUUUUUUUUUUUGUUUCGUUAACAAAAAUGUAGCUGAAAACGAUGACGAAUUUCAAUCGCCGUGGUUUCUCACUCAAAGAAGGCUUUCAGUAAUUACCGUAACACCGACAUAAACUAAGCAAUAUCAAAUUUUCCGGUUUAAAGAUAUGAUCAUUCAUUUGCUAUGUGGUGUUAAUCUGGGAAAUAUGUCAUUCCUUCUAAUUUCUUAAACCAAAAACCACGACCGUAUUUUUGUUAUGAAUUCAAAUUUAGCUUUAACUCAAGUUUGUUUUUAAUCGCUAAAUAAUUACACAGUCUUUAUUAUUUUGUGACUAAAAUCGUUCUAUUUUGUUAUCUUUCUUAUUUUGUUUGUUUAUCUAUAUCUUUCGGAAAGCUUUGUUACAAGAGAUGAUCACAUUGGACAAAGCUGUCUAUUUGGAAAAGAAAAAAGAGCUUUCUUCAGAUUUUUAAAUUGCAGAGUCAUACCGCAAUUAAAAUGAAACACAUUGACACGCGAUAAAACGACAAAGGCUGACCAAUAUCGUAAAAAAAAAACGCUUCGACGGAGGCGAUCCAUAGGUCUAACUUAAUCUAUUGGCAGAACUAUAUCUGUUGAAGCUAAAACCUCUUCACGUUGAACCGAAUUCUUACCCGAAUCCGGUUUGAAUUAAAGAACAACGGGCCAAAUUUGUGAAACUCGUGUUUCUGAGUGUAAAAAGUCAGAAUUUUUUUGCGUGAUGUGUACUUACGCACCUAGCUUUUAAUUGGAAAAUAUUAGAAUCAGGUAGUGAAGUUGGAAUAACACUCAAACUGUUCCAGUAGAGAAUAUCGAAAAGUACUCCUUCAUGUUCCCUUUGGAAUAAUUUGACUAAAAAUCCUCAGAUACAACAUACCGUUUCUGUAACACUUAAUUUUAACAACGUCACGGAAAUAACAUUUUUAACCCUCUCUAGGUAAAGCUAAAGGAAUGGAGACGAUGAUUGGUGUAAUAUUAAUGAUCACCAUGGCAACAAAUAUUCAUUGCGUAACCAGCCAAGUUCGUCACUUGAUAGUAAAGGGCGAGAUUGUCAUUGGAGGUCUGGUACCGAUACACGAUCAUGACUUAGUGGAUCAAACGCAUUGCGGAGAUCUUCAUGAACGCAUUGGUAUCCAAAGACUUGAGGCCAUGCUCUUUGCCAUCAACAACAUAAACAAAAACAAUUCCAUUUUGCAAGGUGUCACCCUUGGACUAGAGGUGUAUGACACCUGCUCUAGCGAGACAGUGGCUCUGGACAGGGCCUUACACUUCGUGCAAGACAGGGAGGCUAUCCGGGAACAUCUUUCCGCAAAUGGUUCCGUCAUGGUGGGUGUAAUAGGACCAUCUUUCAGUUCCAUAUCCGUGCAAGUUGCACAUCUGUACCGCUUGUUCCAGCUUCCGCAAGUGAGUUUUGACUCCACGAGUUAUGAACUGAGCGAUAAAACAAGAUUUGAGUUCUUCUCUCGUACAGUUCCACACGAUCUGUACCAGGCCAAGGCGCUGGUAGAUAUCGCUAAAGUCAUGAACUGGACCUACAUCUCAAUUGUUUAUAGUGACGAUUCUUACGGCACGCUCGGCUAUCAUGCUGUCAAAGAGGAAGCAAAAAAAGCAGGUAUGAAAGCUUUAGCUUAUGAGGAAUGUUCACAGGAAUUUUCAGUGUUCAUGCUUGUAAGUAAGGGAAGGGGGGGAGGGGGCCUUGCACUAACGCCCUACCAAGAUGCCUUUAGCUGAGGUAUUCCAGGUUGUUUUAAAUGUUAUAAACAAUGACAUUUUUUGACAAAGUAGGGAACUACGUUCACCCUAAGACCUCCUUCCCCGUCUCUUUCCUAUCACUGUUUACCAAACUUCUAUCAGCAUCUAAGCGAGUGGUUUUCCAAGUCAAAUCCUGCAUUAUGUUCAAAAGCUUUCUUUGUAGUGCGAAUUAAUGGUGCUAGUGGCGCAAUAACCUAUCAAAACUCGACAAAAAGAGUCAAAAGACUCAACGAAAUGAAAGGAAGGGAGAUAUGCACGUGUGAAGUGUAAGUGUAAUUGGUACAAUUUUAGUUCCCUUUUUUUUACUCCUGACUGGAUAAAAAGAGAGGAAGUAUGGUAGGAGUACAUCGCGUAUAUGAAACAUAUUGUUUUGAUUCAUUUUAGGACAGCAAGUCAGGCGAUGAAAAUUAGUACUUUUCACCGAUACUUCUCCGAAUUCAGGUCACUUUUCAAAAUACUUUUUUGUGUUUAGGUAUUUGUAUUGCUGUAGCCGAGAAGGUUGAAAUAUCUAGUCCAGCUGCUACAUUCAACAUAAUCAUCGAUAAACUCCUGCAAGAGCCCGAAGCCAGAGGCGUGGUAGUUUUCAGCAGUCAGGAACGACAAAUCCGAAAUCUCCUUCAAGCUGCAAAAAGCAAAGGAGCAUCUGGGACUUUUCAGUGGUUAGGAACAGACGCCUGGGGAAACAUGUUGUGGUUAAAAGGCUUGGAAGAUGUGGCAGAGAACACCAUUACAGUUACUCCGAAAACUGUGGGACUGAAAGCUUUUAACGACCAUUUUUAUCGUCUAAAGCCCAGUGUGAACUCCAGUAAUCCAUGGUUUAACGAGUUUUGGGAGCAACAUUUCAAUUGUUCGCUCAAUAGAAGAUUGAAUGGUAAAUGUAGCCGCUUGAAUCUUAACUUUAUGAACAGUCCAGUGGAUAAUCGUGUCGCAAGUGCUAUGGAUGCCGUCAACGUGUUUGCACAUGCACUAGAUGCUAUGCUGAAAGAUAAGUGUUCGGGCGCGAGUGGUGUUUGCGAACGCAUGCGCAAUAUGUCGGGAAGAGAGAUCUUGAAGUAUAUCAGAAAUGUCUCUUUUAUAGGAGAAAGUGGUAAUCAUAUGCACUUCGAUGAAAAUGGUGACGUUGAAGGGCAAUAUGACAUUCUUAUGUUCACAAAGCGUGGAAACGAGUACAAAACUGUUCAAAUUGGCGAAUGGGACUCACACCUGUUGAAAAUGUAUUCACAGGCUCUGUCAGUUUUUGGUGGAGUGUCGUCCUCUUGUCACCCAGUUUGUAAGAACAAAGAAGUCAGAGUGCCUGUUGCUGGUAGAGAAUCCUGCUGCUGGACUUGUACUUUGUGCAAUGGAAACCAUUAUAUAGUCAACGACAGCAUUUGCGAGCAAUGCCCUCUGGGAUACAAACCAACGUACGACGGACGCUCGUGCGUGAAAAUCGACAUCAUGCAUUUUGGAAAGAACUGGAUUCUUUCUUUAUCAGCCACCGCUUUUGCGGGUCUAGGAGUGGUGUCAACACUUUUUGUAAUCGGUGUGCUGAUCAAAUUUGACAAGACACCGUUAGUCAAAGCGUGUGGUCGGGAACUUUCCCAUCUUCUGUUGAUUGGUAUUCUGUUGGCCUUUAGUGUGACGUUUGUUACAAUACUGGAACCUACAGAUGUCACUUGCAUUGCACGUUUCUUUGGCAACGGUGUGGCUCUAACAAUUUGUUACGCGUCCCUGUUUAUAAAGACGAACCGCAUCUCCAGAAUUUUCAAUCGUAAGAACUUAGCUCGUAGACCGAUACUAAUCCUGCCCUUAUCGCAGCUUGUUCUGGUCGUUGGAGUAGUCUCGGUGCAGAUUUUACUUUUGGUAAUGCUUGCGCUUCUCCGGACUCCGCGAGCUAAAUUUUAUUACCCAGAAAUCUCCUCAGUUUACCUCGAUUGCUCGACUUCAAAUCUAGACUUUGGACUGUCUCAAGUGUAUAAUUUUAUACUAAUUACCAUGUGCACGAUUUACGCUUUCAAGACCCGGAAAAUCCCCAGUAAUUUUAACGAAGCGAAAUACAUAGCUUUUGCCAUGUAUUCAUCGUGUGUGGUAUGGCUCGCUUUCUUGGCGGUGUAUUACAUGGAACAAAAAUACGAACUGAAGCCUUUGAUCUUGUGUGUUAGCGUUUCUUUGAUAGCCUUUGCUCUCUUGUGUUGUCUUUAUGGGCCCAAGGUAUAUAUCAUCCUCUUUAGACCACACAGGAAUGUCCGGAGACACGUAAACCCGAGUUUGAGUCUGUCCAGCUUGAGCAAAGAGAAAGGCCAGAAUUCGAAGUCCACGCAUGCGUACGUCGGAAUGAACGAAAAUGCUGAAAACGAGGGUGAAGACAUCCCUGGUAGCAGGUAAUGGAAACCUCGUCACUUCUCAGUUUUAAGCCGGAUUGCUUAUGCUAUGAUCGAAUACGCAGCAAUAAUGGAAAAAUCGAAAAAUCCGUGAACGUAAAUCAGCAUUAAUGACAGGGUAUCCAAUUCCUUCCCCUGCGGCCUCGUGCUGACAUCUCGCAAAAAUUAUAAUUUCUUGUUUGGAUGAGUUAUGGUAUUUUCUAAGGUAUGGAGCACAAGGGCCACGCUAAAAUUUUUAGAAGUUUCUGUGUUCUAAGUUCUUCUUCAGCCCUGUCUGUUUAUUUCCAAUUGAUGAUAAAAACGACUUUUAUAUUUAAGUAAAACAUUUGAGGCAAUGGUAGUUCUACAGAAUCUAGAUCAGUUAAUGCUUCUAUAUUUUUAUGCAUAAGCGACACUAGUGGAUACAUGGAGCUGUUUAAAAGGCUUUGUAAAAGACUACUUUGAGGGUAGUAAUUGCAUACUAUGAUUUGACACUCCAGUUCAGAAAAUUUUUCAUGUUCACUGAUUUAAAAACUCGUGACGCGAUGGUCAGAAAAAAAGAAAAACUUUGCUAACUUUUUAAUUAUUUUUUACAGCGCUGAGGAUGCAUUAGAAAAACAGAAGAUGAUCAUGUCUUCAGAUUCAAGCAAACAUGCCUCAGAGACGUGUUCGGAGGAAAACAGUGACCCCACCAAGAAGCUUGAGGUAUGUAUCAAUCACUUUUUUUACUUUAAAUUGAUCUAUCACAUCUUCAUUCAGUGAAGCAUUUUGCUAGGAGCUCUCUAUUCAUAACUUUCGAUGCUUUCACUCGAACAUCAGAAUAUUCAAUUGUAUGUGAUCACUCUUUUUAUCACGAAGAUCACUCCCCUUAUCACGAUAGCAUAUAUGAGAAGUUAAACGCCACAAGGAGCCCCACCCAUACUCACUUAGUAUCCACGAAGUGUAUUUCCCCAUCAGAAACUGUUCAUGUUAUAGCCAGGCGUUCACUGUCAGAGUCAGAGCUACUUUGUUACACUUCAUGUUUCUUUCUGCAGAUGGAGAAGCUUAUUAAGCAUCUACGAAAAGAGCUAAUCUCUACCAGGGAAACACUCCGCACGACACAAGACCAACUUUUCAGGCGCAUGCAGAAUGGUCGAGACUUGAGUGAAACGAAUUUGCCACAAGGAUACGAGAAGUUACAAGCACAUAAAGGUGAAGCUUGUUCAGGGUGGGUAUCAUCAUGACGUUGCCGUGAUUUGUAGGCCAUAGUGAUAUGACGAUAGUGUGGGUGGGUGCAAACCUGAAAAUAAGACCUUUCAGAUGAAAGUGAGCGACUUUCGGCGGCCUUGCUCUGAUGAUGACUUUAGCGUGGGUUUUCCGAAAUGUCAUUCUCCUUCACCGACAAAAGUCCUCUGAAGACGGAGGUUCUCGCACGGAAGAUCACCAUUGGAAGGUCACGCCAUCGUUACCCCCCCCCCGGUUUAAACCGUUAAAUAUAUUACCGAGAUGUUCGCUGACCUCCAGGUUACCAAAAAAUCGGCCAUUUUCGUUCCCGAGGCAUUUGUACGUUAAAGAAAAUAGUGAUUUAGUGACAGGAUAGGGCCAGCGGCGAUGACUGAGCGUGGGAGGAAAAUGAGUGAACGAAUCCUAAAGAUUGUGCGAUUUUAUCAAAAUAAGAAUUUUCACGUCACUUUUUCUACUCCUGAUGUAAAAUUUUAGAUGUACUCUCAGCGGAUUUGAACAAAUUCUGACCUCUUUACAAUAUUUUUCAUAUCUAUUUUAUUUAUGUAUCACAAUUUUCAUUUGAUGUUAUCAGUUCAUUUCAAUGUAUUGUGCCUUUGAACAUCUUGCGUUAAAAGUGCGAUAGAAAUCAGUUCCUAUCUAACUGUUAUUAUUAGCCUGAAUGUUCUACUGCGUUAUUUUCAUUUGCGUUGCACAUGUGAACUAGGCUUCAAGCCUGGUUCACACGUACGACGUAAGUGCAAAUGCAAGCCACGUUCGUAUGUCGAACGCAAACGCAAGGAAGGCAACAUAUGCAGGCGUAAUGGAAAUGCUUUUACAAGAUGGCGAACGAGGAUGUGGCCUCAGCACAACGAGUUUCCAGCUUUUCCUAUUGUCAUGGGGGUAUAGAGAGGAGUUUUAAACUUAGAGUUUAUGCCAGCAUCUUAUUGGAGUUUACUGAAGAACACAGCACGUAAUACCAUAGAUCUCAACUCAUUCAUAUGAAAGAAAUAGGGAAGAUCAGAACGGAAUCACGCGCGCAGGCGCACCCACGCCCCUAACUGGUGUAUGUUUACUGUUACUUUCACUUGGUUUAAUAAUUUUCGUUUUCCUAGGAAGACUUUAAACAACUGGCCGAAGGGAAAGACACCGAAAGUUUCUUAUGAGGAAGAAAAUAGUAAAGAAAACAUAUUUUGUAAACAAAAGGACUUCAAAGCAACUAAAAGACAGAAAUUUUUGCGCGGGGAAAAACCAAUUUCAUCUCAACGAAGGUUGCCAACUUGCCUUCCACUCAGUGACGUCAUGGAGGAUAAGGAUUUAGAAGGUGCUGGUGCUGAUCGUAAUAUUACGGGCUCAGAUAUUGACCGUAAAACACAUGUUAUGAUGGAUGGUGACGCUGACCUAGAAAUCGGCAAGGAAAAAUUGAAUGAUACCGAAAAAAAACGUGCUCAUGUUGAUAGUAGAUGUUUUAGUGACCAUACUCCUCGGAGGAACAGUAUGACAGACACGUUACAAACUAGUAGAAGGAAAUCAGAAUCUGACAUUGACUCGAAAACUAAAUUGAUGGAUCAACAUUUAUCAGAAGGGGUGGAUCAAAAGGAAGGCGAACAAGAUGCACAACUGCUUCACAAUAAAACUCCAUGUGAAACGUGUCAGUUGCUUCUGAGUGAUGAACAAAACAAUAGAGUUAUUUGCACCGCAUGUUAAAGAAAAGAAACUUACUGAGUAGGAUUAUGAAAAUUAACUAGAUCUAACUGGGGAUCUUAGUUUAAUUCAGUGAAGAAGCAAUCGAGUUUCUACCGGUCCGGAUAGCUAGCUGUUUUAGUUCGGAUACUUGAUUGAAAGGAAAGCGACAGAACCGCAAACACGUAAUUAAAAUAAAAGAACCUGCCAAGAGGCAAAAAAAUAAAAACACAUUUUAUUGCGGUUCUUAAUUCAAAAUAUUUUCUCCUUCUUAUUCUUCUCGCGUCAUGUCACUACUUUCUCGGCUUCGUCGCUCAAACUCAGUUCCACAAAACAACCUGCCAACACUGGCCAACGGGGCCAAGUUUCACCCUGAGAACCAAACUUAUAGGGUUUAAGCUAGUUUUACUGGCCGUGACCGAUAUCUUUUGACAAAAAUUGCAAAUGUAAAUUAAAAGUUUGUUAGUACCACUUGCGCACCGAUUUUGUUUGUGUAAGCCAAACAAAGAAAUGCAGACGAGUAAAGUAAAAUUAUACUUUUUCGAAGUCAUGUAAUAGCGAAAUGAAUAUUAUCAAUCAAGUGUAGUUUUUCAGUGGCUGUUAUUCAAAUUUUACGUGCCAAGACGAAUACACCGUUAGAGCCGUCGUUAGGGUUUUUUACCCAAAACGUUCCCUUGUGUGGUCUUGUGUGAGUGCGCGUUGAGUGGCAAGCCGUGACCGCAAGGUGGCGACAAAGACCAAGUUAGAGAGAGACAGAAGGCAUCUCAUCCGUUGUCUGGUUGGUAAUUUGUCUGCUUCUCAAGAUCUUUCGCUCAUUUCUCCUUUUUUUCCCUCACCUCAUUUCCUCCCUUUGUUAAACGACCUUAAUUGUUCCUUCCCUCCUAAGAAAAACGUCGAAGAAAAAAGUCCAAUUGGUAUAGAAAUGAAACAAAGAAGAAACAAAUUCAUCCUAACUAACACAACUAUCAUAAAAAUUACAAUUUCCUCGAUUGUGAUUGGUUUAAAAAACUCCUACUUUCCACUUAUUCACUUACCAAGCUAUUAAAAGUUAAUCACAGUCAAAUUAUCGGACAGUUAAAAGAGCUAAUCACAUUCGAAGUUGUAGUUUAAAUCAACCAAUCACAACCUUGGUUUCAAUCACUAUAGAAACAAUGUACAGACUCCUAAAUUGCGGCUAUUUUCCAAAAUGGAGAAAUUUUUUUGCCUUGAACAAUAACAAUAUUUUGGAAGACAGUAGAAAUUUUGUUUAUCCUAUGGUUCAAAUGUUUACGCCAAAAAUCCACACUCUUUUCUCGGAAAUUGUAAUUUUUGUGAUUGGUAAUAAGACUUAGUGUCGUCCAAUUCAGUCUGUAAUCAUACUGGUGAUGAACAAAUCGGACUCCCGACCGAAUUGAACUCCACUCAGACCUAUUCCAUUACUAACUACGGUGCGAAGAAAAAGGAAAGAUUCAAAUUCGACGAUCCUUGCCUUUUUGUGGCAUUAGAUCCAUAUGAGAUGGAUAUGUAAGGAGGUCCAAAAUACACUAAAUAUUGUGUUAUUUUCAUCAGUGCGUCACGCAAUCUGUCAUGUCAAUAAUCAUUUGGACCGUUUUAUGUACUGAAAUCCGAUUUGUCAACACCAUUGUUAUGAGGCGCAGCAGUUCUUGUGCAACGCUUACUUCGAAUAUCCUGCGCUGUGCAACGUACACCCGAGAAGCUAGAAACAAUUCUUCAUCUCUACCUACUAAAAGGUGAAUACAGGGUCAUACAAGUGAGUGCUCUUCAAGGUGGGUAUUGUUUCGGGCUAGGGGAAACUAGUGCUCUCUCUUUUGAAAAUGCGAGGUAGUUCGUAAACAAAUUACAAUCUGCGAUUAUGUUGUGAUCUCAGGCAAACAUGUGCUCUUGCUUUCGUUGUGUUGCUAGAAAAUUGAACUAAACGAAAAAAGAAAAAACAGAAAGCGACUUGUCUUUGUUAAUUCUUAAAAGUCUCUUUUUCGGGCUUUAGGACACUUACUGAGGAUAUUUUCACAAGAAGAUUCGGGUCCACAGGUUAUUUGCCGGUGCCUAAGUAUAAAUGUGCAUUGGAAAAAUCGCGAUGUUCAGCGUAUAGAAAUCAUAAGAAAUGUUUUUUUCUCUGGCGCAACAAAUAGCGGAACCACCAUAAUCAACGGCGAGAAAGGAAAUGCGAAGUUUUAAAAGAUAUCCUUUGAAAAAUGGAGGUUAAAAAGCCACGUAACACUGAGCUUAUUUACUCAGUAGUCACAUUUUUGGCUUCACGCCUCUGAUUUUUUUAAAGUUUUGAUUCCUACGGAAGAUUCUGUCUGUUACUAGACAUUUAAAUGUUUUGAAAGUUAAUACGACACUUUGAAAACAGCUAAAUGUGCAUGUAAAAAAACUUUUUUACUUUUUUCAUGGUGAUUCCUGAUGCCUAAUUUUAACAUUUCGGCAAUCCGCAAUAAGACCAAGUCCAGAUAUUACGCGCGUGCUGAGCUAAUGUUUUACUAGGAAUUCUUUUAUUACACUACGUCCUCUUACCGGAUUCGUUGUGGUUUCUCUAAUAAGGACCAACUAUUCAUGUAUGACGGAAAUCCAGAGGCAUCGAUUUUAGUUCGAGUUCUAGCAAGGAUCGAGUUAAGGAUGGUUGGAAUCACCGGGGUGUUACUGUACGGGGAAAGGAUUAUUAAUAUCGUCUUGAUUUUAACGAUUUAACAAAAUAUAGCAUGAUUUGAUGUAAACUACCUGUAAGAGAACUAGAUAACGAUCCUGAACGAAAAUGUCCGCAGAUAGGACUCGGCAAAAGGGUUUCUCUCUUCGUACGCCAGGAAAUUUGAGUGUUCUUAAAUGAACUGGCAUGUUUCACCACCCAGGGAAUGUCAAGUCAGAUAAAUACUAGAAUACACCUCAGGGGUCCUAAUAUGAAUGACAGGGUGCGCCACGACAGGAAAUUGAGGAACUUGUGCAGUACGAAUUCUGGUUAAAUAACUAAAAACAUUACCUAGUAGCACUCAGAGGUGAAUAUACAGUGUGCUAACAACAUUGUUUUGAAUUUCCAGUUUAAAUAAUCAAAAAUAAAACCUCUGCUGCUACUAGUACCUAUUAGAAUGAGAUAUUAAAAUUAUGGAAAUUACCUUUUUUUCAGAGGUCGAAGCUAUAUAGCAUAUUCAAAUGAUUUGAAGUAAAAGUGAGCUAUAGUGUGCCUUCUUUCACCUAGAAAGAGAUUGUUUACAGCUGCGGAGAUGCUGAAGAUUGGAAAUUGUUAAAAUCUUAAAAAGACUUAUGGCCACGACUUCACACACUGUGGAAAUUUUUCAGGAUACCUUCAUCGAUAUGCCCACAGGCUUUUAAUACUGAAAUAUAUACUUUAACUCCUAUAAAAAUUAUCUGUAUAUUCCGAGCGUUCCAAGCCCUCUGCUCCUUCCUUAAACAACUUCGAAACCAACCACAGGUUUUCUGAUCAUUUCCAGGAUUGUAAUCAGCAUUAAAAAGGGAAAGGAGCACAGUUGGCGACAUUGUUUCAAAAUGUGUUCAUUUUAUCACCUUACUAAUUAUCUCAAGAAUUUUAUCGAGGAUUGCAGUAGCAUCCAGUGAUACAUGCAAGAGCACCUCUUUAGUUGAUAUUUGGAAAAAGUAUUACCAACGCUGUUUACUCGUCUCUUUAGAUCCCCUCCGUAAGGUAGACAAGGGAGACUAGAGAGUCUAGUGGUCGUCAUUUGUGACUCUCGAGGAAGAAGUGCACUGUAGCUUUGCAAACGUAUAAUAAGCUUGCUAAACCUUCACGAGUAGAGCAGUUAACAUUACAGUUUUACUUUAUGCUGUUAUGUCGCAAGUGUGAGGUGAGCUUUAGAAAUUGCAGUUAUUUUCUUAUGAAAAGCGAUACGGUUGUUUUUGUCUCGUAAACUGUGCGCUGCGGUAACUCUUACCCACUCGCCAACCAUGAAGUAAAUCCGGAUCUGUUUUUUUUUUUUUUUUUUAGGCUCAAGUUAUCAUGGAUACGAAAAGCCUUCUUGCCAUAGUUUUCAUGGUGAUCGCCAUUGUUAUUCUGCUUUCUCUCACAAUCUACACUGUGGUCAAAUCAUGGAUGCAAAUAAGCAGAGAAUACGAACAGAGGCAACGUUCCUCGAUGGAAGAUACGCAUUCGUUUGGAAACACGGAAUGCGACAAUAACGAGCCUGCUGCCCCCAAUGAUACCUUUACACUAGGUGAAAAGAGCAGUGAAUAUGCACAGGCUACGUCAGACUGCUGUCAGACUGCAGAUUCGAAUCAGAAUGAACAUGGGGGAAUAAAAAGUAGCAAAUCGGCAGUAAAAACAGUUCUUGUUCAAGUUGAGACAAGCAAUGACACCAGCUUUUAAAGGACGUUCUGAGUUACAUUUUGAUGUGGAACUUGCUUGGUUUUCUAGAGAAUCAGUCAACAGAUAAUUUUUCUGCAGAAUUAUCCAGAGAAGAAUGAAGAGAAACAGACAUUAACCGACCUCCAGGGAAUCAAAUUCGACAAUCAGAAAGCACUUUUAUAAUAAGGGAGAACAUUAAAUCUUUGUUGAGAGUGUAAAUUUCGGGGAAUGUCGUGGAAUUACUCCGCCUCAGAUACUUUGAUGAAAUUACAACAGCUGUUCAUGCUCAGGUUUUUUUUUUUACUUAUUCCUCGGCUGGAAAAUCUCUCCCAUAAUUGACUUAUGGAAGAAAAGUAGCGUUUUCCAGGUGUUCAGUUAUUCAAACGGAGCGAAAUAGUAAACAGCUCGGUAGUAGCAGCUUUAUGAAAAAGCGCGGGAGGCUUGGGUCGGUUUGAGUCGGGUAAAGAAUCUUACUCAGACCUCCCUCGCCUUUUCACUCCUCCGCUUCUAUUGUGUCAAUUACUAUCACGCUUCGUUUACCGUACUGAACGCCGUCUGGAAGAGGCUAUUAGGAAAGCGACUUACGGAAUUCAGAGUUACCGUUCGUUUCAUUAAGUACACCCGUCUCUGCAGAUUGUCUCCAUUUUCUUUGUGACGCUAAUUUUAAUGUUUUCAUUAAACAUAAAGGAAGAAAAAGAUAGACGAGAUUAUUUGCUGUAAAUUAAAGUAGCCUGGGUUAGUCAUACAAUUUAAGAUUUUUCAAAAGGUUAAAUUUACUCCGAAUCCUUUUGUAAUUUAUAAAUUAAUUUUUUUUUCAACGAUUAAGAUGCGAUAGAAAGAGUACAUUUAUUGUGUCUGUAUAAAGUCAACCAAAUAAAACGCGCGAAUUAAAUGAUUUUCUUGUCCAAAAUUACGCCAAUGGAAGGUAACAAAAUAUUGCUAAUCUACUCUCAAGUGUUAGGAGCAGCUUUUUAGAUAGCGGAUGUUCGAACUUGAUAACAGUGAUUUCAGGACUGUUCUACACUCAAGGAGGUACAGUUUCCGCCAGCGGCGAGAUGACACUGUACAGUUCUAUCCGUGAACACUUUUGACCCCUAUGAGUGAUACGCAACUAAUUCUCCUAACAGUAUCACCCAUGAAAAAACAUGAAGGUCGUGAGAAUAAAGGGUUUGAUCGCUAACUCAAGAAGCUCUUGAUUGUUAGAUAAAUUCUUGUUGUAAGUAACAUACCAAAUAUAAGAGAACAGUAUGGAGAAUAUAAAACUGAUGUUUGUAUUUAAAAGGUUUAAAAAAGGAAGCAGAACAAUGCAAAUAAUAUCGUCACCUCGAGACACUGAAAAUAAAAUUGGGAUUAUUUUUAGCCAAAAGGCCUACGCGUUUGGUUCAGAAGCAAACUUGUAUACACGAGGAAAAGUAUACAAACAUGGGAAUUUUCCGAUCAAAGGAGAGGAAGACUGUGUUGUUGCCCUUGGCAUGCCCUUGGUGUGCACUUCGAAAAAAAGAUGUCAUUUACGUUCAUCGCUGACUACCGAUUACAAAUCUUCAGAAUGUAUUGCAGCAGCGUGAAAACGGCGUCAGGUGGCAUUUUGGCCGAAAAGUAAAACCUUUUUCCGCUUGAAGACGCCGACGGAGUAAGAAAACACCAUGACGCCGUCCUUCACGCAACACAUGAUAUGCACCAAAUAAUCAGAUAUGUCCUAGGACAAUUUGAGGUUUGUCAGUUCAUCUUAUAUGGCCGAUUGGUUCCAAAUAAGCCCUGUUCACUUUGAUUCGACUUAACAGCGACGAGUUUGCAUUUGAUUGGUUAAAUAUGGGGGAGCGUGAGUUUCUAAACCAAUCACGACGCGGAGUAUGGAACAACUAUGGCAAUCACGAAUUACUUCCCCCAACACAAUCGCAUUCAGUUAACUUGACCGUGAUCGUUAUCUUUCUGAUUGAGGAAAAUUUGCCAGAAAAAGAGCUUCAUUCAGUUGAUUAAAAGUAAGUUGCACCUGACUCUUGAACGUCUAUCAAACACACAUCAAUAGGGAUAUCAUUGACAGUCCUUUCUCUGUUUCUUGAAUCUCUUUAUUGUUGAGUUAUUUGUUUGUUGUUGAGAACUUUAAACAUAGUUUUAUACAGUUUCAAGUGUUCUUUGUAAAAGCAUUAUCUCGCUAAUAAAAGUCGGUGUGCUGUUGUUUGCGCGCGGACUAUUUGCACAGAUGGUGAAAUCUGCAUUGUCGUGAGAAAUUAGUGUUCUUUCAAAUUAUUUUUUGGCCUUUUUCUUCCUUCUGUCCGCCUCGGAAAAGAGUUCAGAUAAAAUUGGAUUGCGUUUUCCCUAUCAGCUAGGUAUACCUUUUUAAUUUUUGUUUCUUUCAUACUUUUAAAGUGGACUUGUGUUUGACGGUCACGGCGAGAAAAGCUUGUUGAGGGGUAAGUUUUUUUGGGUGAUGCACCACCAUUUUUCGAUAAAAAGUCUACCUCUCCUUGUCGUCAUGCAGGAGGAUCAGUGUAGAAUGUUUCAUGGCAUGGCACCCUAUUCCUCCUAAUUUCGCCUGGCUAUCUUGCGUUUGAAAGCAUUUGGUAAAAAAUCGAAAAUCGAAAUGCUAGACGAAAAUGAAAUCAUAUGUUAGAAUUUUUCCUUUUUAAUUUGUCUCAUUAUUGGUCCGGCGGUUUAAAACUAAUUUUAAAUAGCUGUUUGUAAACGGCAGCCAACGAAGAAGAAAAAAGCUAUCAUUAUUUCGUUCCGAAAAUCACCACAGUCAAUAUUUAAAGUGUAUACAAGUAAUUUAAACUUCUAGGACCGAGCAACAACCAGCAGCAAGAUAGGAUUAUUUAAAUAUUUCAUGAAGAACAAUGAUGUUUUGAUUAAAGGCGAUCCAAUUCUCCAGAAACUCAAACUGAAAGGUUAUUGCUGAUGGGGCGACAACCAUGGUAAAUUAAAUUUGACGAAAUUAAGAGCGUGUGCAUGCCGCAUGUGGAAGUGAUCAGCAGUCAAACGCGGGAUGUUUCAACGCUACGCUAGUCAUUAAUAUUUCAAAAAAAGAUAGAAAUUAAAGUGAUUUAGGGAAGUUCUCUCUAGAAUGGACUGUACCGCAAAAUACUGCGGCUUACGCGCAGUCUUGAAAAAUAUUGCGAAACAUUUUUCACGAUCGCGUUAACAAGCCGAAAAGUGAUAAAGGACGUAUUUAUCAUUACAUACGUCAAAGUCAAACACAAUCGAGGUAUCAUCCUGGAAAAUUGUUUUUAAUUUGUCAUUGUAGUCCGUGUAAAAAGCCUCUUGAUAGUUUGUUAACGCGAAAAAAAAAGUUCGAAAACAUUUUCCAAAUUUGGAGAGAAAAAGUCAUUCAGUUUCGUUAGACAUGCAGUGCUUUCUUGGCUGCCCUUGGCAUUCCCCGCACUCUUUUUUAAAAUGUUUAUUUUAAUUUUCAGCUAUAUGACACGCACGGAGGCAAACCUCUAAAUAAAUAGUGAUUAUAAGCAAAGCCAAACGGCGAAACAAAACUGCGAUUUUACUUACUUUUCCCAUAACCCUUAACAAAAACCCUGAAGAUAAAUGGCAAGUAAUAUCUCUUGUUCAUAGCUAGUGUGUAUAUGUUCAUUUAAGCACAUAAACGGCUUAAAGCAAAAGGCACGAAGUUGGAUUUUUGCUGUUUGCUGCAAACGUCAUGCAUAUAACCUUUUUUUUUUUAUAUUUUUGUCCCUGUGCCCUUUGGAGAGUGAACGAGUACAUUAUAUGUGAUUGACAUACAGCGCAAGGUAUUUCGCAUUCACGACUCAAAUUAUUAUUUACCAGUACAUUUAACGAGGGAUUGAGGAGCAAGUCAUUAUUACACGCUACCAUUGACACUUUUUAAUUGGUAAUUUAAAUUUUUACCAACAAAUUGUGAAAUGAAUUCCCAUUUUCAGAGAAUUUUUCAUUGUUGUAUUUUUUGUCAUGUUUUUUUUUUUUCUUGGAGGAGCAUGGCACCUUUGAUAAGCGAUUUGUGCACUGAUAGAAACGGGGAAAUUAAACAUUCUUGGUGGAUAAGCAAUCAAACCCCAGCAACAAGCCAGAAUUGUAUUAUUCAGAAUGAUAUAUGUAGCCUCUCUAAAUCAAGUUAACCGCAUUGGCCAAAAUUACAUUCGCCUUAAACAAACAGAUUAGCUGUCAUAAGCAAUCUCCUCUGCAUGAGAUUUAGCAGGCUGUUUUUCCAAGCCUCCAUUUUGCCUCCUUCUUGUUCCUUACUCAUGGGAGCUCGACAUCUGUAGAGGAAACAAACGAAAUUGAUCAUCAUCUCUGUUAUAUACGUUGGCUUGACAGGCAGAUAUCAGUAUUUACGCUCCGUCGCUAAUGGAAGGGUACAGCAUUUUCGCUCUGGUUCUACUCUGUGCAGCUCAGACGUUCUGUAGCCCUGUCGACUAUCAGAGUUCAUGUAAGUUCAUUUUGAUAUUUCAAAAUUUUUUAAAUGAUUGUUGAGCACAAAUACCCAUAACGGUGAAGGAAAGCUUUGCAAACGCGAUUUUGGCAUGGUUUAUUGUGCAAAAAGAGGGAAUCCCUUGAUUGAUUUGCAAAUCUCACGAAGAGUAUCCUCGGCUCAAAAUCGGCACGCUGAGAAGUACCUAGAAGCAGCCUUUCGAGAAAAAGUUGUUUGAGCUUUCAUUCAAAUUUUCCGGAGCAAAAGGAGAAUGAAUUUGUUUAAUUUUACCGAGAAACCUUUCCUCUGUUGCCCUGGAUUUCCGUUUGUUUCCCCUAUGCUAGAUCAUCUAUAAAAUAUAAUUUCAGAAUUUUCUCUUAUAUGUGUCAGAUUUAGAUUUGUUUACAAUUAGUACCACUAAGAGUAUCAAUGAUGAUUUUGAGAAGCUGGAAUAGUUCUCUACAAGAUUUGUAAGAUUUGGGCAAUUUUCUUUGUCAAACAAACCGGAGAAAAAAAGAUUUAUGAUAGAGCAUAAACGAAUUCAAGGCGUUUGUAGAUAAAUCUUAUCUUUCAUAUUUAUUUCCAAAGAGCAAACAUGAUAAAGAGGUGUUUCUCUCUUAGGCAAGAGCCUAAUUGCUAGUUACCCUGGGAAACAGUUUAAUUACCAAAACCUAGUUUUUACAGAUUUGUUAGUUAAAAAAUCUAAAAACUUCUCAACCCACUUUUUUAGCAUAUCAAAGAAGUCUGGUUCAUGACGAUAAAGAUCAACUUUCUGGUGACGACACGAUUUUGGAUCACAUCGUCAAAGUUAAUAAAGGUACCCCUCCUAAAAUAAACUCGUAAAAUGUUAUACGUGCUUUAAAUAUUCUUCCUUUUCUACUUCUACGUAAACGGAAGAUUUCUAAUUCUCACAUGGUAAACAACUCUUUUCUGGCUGACAAUUCAGUGUAAAUAGAGUAUAAAAAAUUAUGCGAAGAUCAACUUGAGGGCAGAAAAACACGUAUUUUUAUUUCAGGAUGUCACUUAACUGUCGUCUUGUUGAUACCUCGUGGACGUUUUGCAAUAUUUAUAUUUUUUCGCCUUGUUUUUAAAGUUUUAUUGCCUUUCUCUCGCUGAGAUUAGUUCCUUCACCAAAAAAAAAUCAACAUUUCAUUUCUAUCCCGUGUACCAUGGCCUUCUUUAUGAAUUUGCAACUGCUUAACUUAGGCUACCUUUUUGGACCCCUUGGGCAUAAUUUCUCCUUACAAUAUCAAAAAAGUACCUGACAGACAACUGAGGAGAAUAAAGAAAAAUAUCAAUUAGAUUAUCAGUUGACUCAAUACCAAAUUCUCCAAACUAACAACAUAACAAUUGUACGUCAGACAGUAAGGAGAAUUGCUAAUGAGAUCUUGGGAGUAAAAGGGCUAACUACGUUGUGAAUUUUCAGUCCCCUUUGACUCAAUCGUAACCGAAGUUAAUUAGUAAAAUUAUCAAUUGUAUCACCUUGUUGUUAUUAAUAUUGUUGGUUGUGUUGCCCAGAUGAUGACGUAAACAUGUACGAGGCAGAUAUCGAGUUAUCACCUGAUGACAAUGUCGAUCUGAGUGAUGAUGGUGAUGUGGACGGAUCGGGGAUAGGUCUGAGGGAGAAGCGCAAUGCUGCACGUGACCGAAAAAAGCUCUGGGUUACUCGUGUUAUCCCUUAUGAGUACGACAGUGGUCUUCCUGGUGAGAGCUAGCAAAUUAUAACAAAGCUAACAAAAACUAUUGAUAGACAGAAUUGAAACUGAGAAAAUAAUUAAAUACACCACAUUAGAGCUAAAGGGAAUUUAAUGUUAAAUCCAUUGAAUGAUGAUCCUAUAUUAGCUACAGAAAGCCACUGAAAACAUAGGUAAACAUUCAAAUUGUUGGUUAGUGUUUCAAUUCCUUGUUUUCCAAAAGAUUCCGGUGCCAAGAUCAAAAACAAAAUAAGUUGACUUCGCGGUUCCUUUAUGCAUUUACCACAUUAGACUAUUCUUGACCAGGCACUGAGUAUUAUAUAUGCUGACUCUGACCAACUUCCAAAGAAUUCAGUUUACUUCCCACCAAUCCCUUCAACAUGGUAGGAUACAAAUUGGAUGCUAAAUCGGAGGGGAUCAGUUUUCAAGUGGGUGUUGAAAUUAACCUGUGUUUUCCCUUCGUUGUCUUCUCUACUUCGCUGCGUAUUAAUUGGUAAGGAGACCUUUCACCACCCUUUUCCACUGAUGAAAUACAACACUAAAGCCAAUAGCGAAUUUUGAUCUCCUGCAUUUAAACGAUUUCAAGGAUAUCAGAGGAAAGUUAACUUUUCUGGCAGCGUAUAGGAAGAUACAGUUCUGGUUAUCAGCUUAUUUCUUGAGUAAAUAGUCUAAAUAGUGAUUGUCUUUAUUUUUUCCGAAACUUUAGACAGCUUCAAGCCAACAAUUCAGGAAGCCAUAGCCGAAUUUGAGACCAGGACGUGUCUGAAAUUUGUGCAGAGAAGUAGCGAGACCUUGUUUAUCAAAAUUGUCCAUGAGCCAGGGUGAGCAAAAGUCUUUUCAAAAUCGAAUUCUCCUCAAAUUCUCAUCGAAGUUCACGUCACGUAAGCGCUGUACAUUAUCUCAUAUUACUCCUGUUCUCCUCGGCCACAGCUAUUUCUCUUAAAACUCGCACCACUAUCUCUCAUUCACUCCCAGAUGCAAACCUAAAACCAGUCCCUGCUUAGUCGAUCACAUUUUCCCGCGCUUUAGGCUGAUUGGCUCUUAAAAGUAAUUUCCUUUCUUCUGAUUGGCUGUUGUGAUACCUUUGGUUUUGGUUUUGGCUUUUACGACACGAAAAGACCAAAACCAAAGUUAUCAGCGUAUUUGUCGCUUUGAGUUCUCAAAAAUUCCUUGUAAUAUCUAACUUUGUUCCAAAUGGCCCUGAUUUCUUAGUUUUUGUUUCACGAAAAUCUAUAGAAACGCAUAUUGAUUGUUUUUGUCAGGUGCUGGUCAUCAGUUGGUCGUCAAUAUUGGGGGUCAGGAACAGGACAAAAGCUGUCUCUUGGUCCCGGGUGUAAUCACAAAGGGACCAUCAUGCAUGAAUUGAUGCAUGCUGUUGGUUUCUGGCACGAGCAGUCGCGACCAGACAGAAAUCUUUACGUGGAGGUACUUUGGGAGAACAUAGCGGCUGGUAACUAUCACUGAUUAUCCCGUUAUUUAGUUUGUUUUUCUUGGAUGAUGGGGAACGAAGAAUUUCUUUUUAAGUGUCUUGUUUCAAUGCAGAUGACAACAUUACAGAAAUUGCAUCUUGAUGGCAGCUAUGUAGAAGAGGUUCUUGAAUUUUGAAUUCACUAACUGUCCCACUUCAUUCACGUGGCUUUAUGGUUAGCGCCCUGGAUUCCGUAUCAACAGAUCUGGGUCCGUGUCUUGGCCGGGCAACACACUUCAUACGUACUGUCCCUCACUUUGUACAGAAAAAAAAAAGAACGGGUAACAGCCCCUGUAGUUAAGAAGAGUUAAAGUAAUGCUACCUAGGGUAGGGAAGAUAACUUUAUGAUGAACUAACAUUCUGUUCAGGAGAGUAACUAUACUCUUAUUCACUUUCUCCUGUCUUUAAGAUGAGGAUCACAACUUUAACAAGUACAGCCAUCGUGAUAUCGACCGACUUAAGGUCCCGUAUGAUUUUGACUCCAUCAUGCACUACGGGCGUAAAAGCUUCUCCAAAAAUGGCAAAGAAACCAUCCGAUCCAUCCUGGAUCCUAAUAGGAAUUUGGGACAGAGGAAUGGAUUUACUGACCUUGAUGUUCAUGAAAUAAAUGCACUCUAUGAUUGUGCAAGUGAGAGGAAAAUUGUUUUUCUUAGUAUGUAAAUAGCUAGGCCAUUAUUGAGAUAGACGUGUACUAAACGAAACUUCUUGGUGGCUCUUUCUGAUUUCAAACCAUAUACCAAAAUCUAUUCAAGUGGAAUUUAUUUCUUAACAAAUAUUUCAAGUCUAUUUUAAACUCUAAGUAUACAUUUGCCCUCUAGAAUUGUUAAGAGGCGAAACAAGCCUUCUCCCGGCCCUAAGCGCCCGGGACUCUCUAAUCAAGAGAAAACGAAACAGAGAUGUUUGUCUCGCGACCGUUCACUGCCCUAAUGAGUUCUGAGUUGUCUUUCAUGUCAGCUUCGAAUUAAGGUACAUCAGGAAUAGGAGAUUGUGUACCAGAGAGACACAAGCAACAUCAAUACGAAAAAAAAAACUUUUAACAACCCAAAAUUUUACGUUUAGGUUCUAGAGGAGAAACGUGAAAAUUAUUUGUCUUUUUUUUUCUCAUUUCUACGUCUUUUGUUCAUUAGCAAGUGGCAGUUGGAGUACCUGGUCAGAAUUCGGUCCAUGCAGCACCUUCUGUGUUAAAGACCGUCAACGUUUCUGCACCUCUGGUGACGUGAAUAAGGACUGUCCAGGAGCGGACCAGUACGGAGUUGAACUAGAACAAGUCCAGUGCAGUGACAAGGAGUGUCACGGUUUGUUACAAUCAAACUGCUGCCCAAUUUUAUGGCCCCAAUAUCCUAUGUAAUCAUCUAAUCAUCCGAAAAGUAGGUGAUACACCUAUUUAAAUGGGUAAAAGGAGAAAUUAUGGUGCAAUCGUAAUCAAUCACCCUGUUCCUAUGUUGCCUUUCAGCAGCCACAUGAACCAACCAGUGUCCAAUUCUUUGUGUCGUUUGGUGUUAUUUUUCCGCCACGAAAGGUGGAAACCAAUACACAAUGCUUUAACUCGACAGCUGUAGUUUUUGCCACUCAUUGAACUGUUCCACUUCCAGUAGGAAGCAUGGGCGAGGAUGGGAAAAUUCUUUAGCAAGGGGCCUCCAACAGCAUCUUGCUAUUUUGUUUUCUUUGGUUGUCAAUAAUUACAUUUUUUUAAAAAUCCAUUCAUAAUUACAUUUUUUUAAAAAUCCAUUCAUAAAAUUCCUUCCAAUUGCACAGCACCCAUCGACGGUCACUGGGGCCGCUGGUCAUCAUGGGGUUUGUGCAAUGCUGAAUGUGGGUUUGGAACACAAACCAGAACAAGAUCCUGUGACGAUCCACCUCCACGAUAUGGAGGCAAACAAUGCACUGGUAUCUCGAAAGGUUCCCAAGACUGCAAACUGAAGUCAUGUGGAAUCGGUAAGUAGGUAAGACUGAGUGACUCUGGCUUGUAGACACACAAAGCUUUUUGCUUCUAUGGAAAGCCGACAAUGAGCCUUCCUACCCAGGGCUACACGCGUUAGGUCGUAACUUUGACCUUGACUAAGGAAUCCAAGGCUACCCUUGAGGCUACCCCAGAGGCCAAUCCAAAGGCUACCGUAGUAGUGUCCUCUGUCUAACAAUAGGAAAAAUGUAAUCCCUUUUUGUAAGUUAACCUAAAACUUCUGCAUUGUUAGCUAGACUUGUUUGGUAUUUUUCUGGAAUAACAAAAUCGUGUCAUUAUUAAAGUGUAUCGCUAUCCUACUAGGCCUAAGUAACUUUAUAAUAGGGCAUCGCACUCUCUAUCGGUUCAUGCAUAUGUAGAGCCUUUUCUGCACAAAACUUUUUCAUAUAGGCCCCACUUUUAUCAUUCUUCAGGGCCUUAUGAUUGUGAAUUUGACUUUGAUGGGAUGUGCCAUUGGAAGACAGAUGACAGUAAUCCCUCACGUUUCACCUGGGAGCGAAACUCAGGCACCACACCUUCGUCUAGUACUGGACCAUCCGGAGAUCAUACAUCCGGACCAGGUAAAAAUGAAGAUUUAUCACAAAUUUAUAUUCAUUCGUCCUUCAUGAAGGUUUACAUCACCGUAUCACCAGAGGGACAAUUCAGCACAUUUAGCUUCAACAAAAAAGCAUUGUAGAUACUGUUCUUACAUCUGAGGGUGUAGAGUUUUCAACGUCUAUGUAAGGUGUCUGUGUAAGGUGAACAAAAGGUUGCAGUCUAAACGAUAGUAGAGUUAAAAAUAACUCAAGGAUUGUAGAAACUUCAGUUGGUGUCACGACUUCUUAAAAAUACCGAUAUUGCAAUUAUCAUUUGUUCCCCACGAACUGCUCGGACCUUUUCCUUACCUUUUCCAUCUGGUGCCACACGAGCUAAGAACCAAACAAUGCCAGCUUGCGGUAAUGAAUCUAUCGCUGCCACCUAUAACCUAAGCUCUUUCUUUCUAGGCUACUACCUAUAUGCCGAAACCAGUGGUAUUCUUAAAGGAGACCAGGCACAGCUUGUCAGCCGAACCUUCCCUGCAACUAACGGUCGUUGCAUGACGUUUUGGUAUCACAUGUAUGGCUCAGGGAUGGGAGAUUUGAAUGUGUAUGUCAAGAUCAACGGUACCAAACAUAAGGUCUGGACCAUGUCUGGUGACCAAGGAGACGAAUGGAAAAUGGCCAGAGUUACUCUUGUUAGCAAGGGAUACCAAUACCAAGUAAACACAACUUAUAAGUCUUUUUUUAAGUCUUUUUUACACCCAGCUUAAUCCUCAACUUAAAGUCCUUUCGGAAAUAUUUGCACGAGUUCAAUUGUCCUCUACCCGACGCAAUUGUCUUUAUUUAGGACUAACCCUUUUUAUGACCAAAUUCUGAUCUGCUCUCAAAAAAGUAUCCUUCAAUCAGAUUAAGACCUCGUUGGUGCAUGAAACCAAGCGUCUUCCACUGACACAAACAGCUUGGAAUUUUUUUUUGGGGGGGGGGGGUGAAAUGGAUUUCCUAAAUCAGUAUCUUUCCUGAAAGUCACCUCAAUUCAGAUCUGCCCAUACACGAUCACACUUUGUGUUCGUAUUUUUUACCCUCUCCCCACGCGAACCAAGACAUUGCUACUGGACGAUAUAGAAUGGUGUGGGACGAUCAAAGCGAUGUGAACUGCUUCUUAAACUGUGUUUCUCCACCUUAACUGAUGAAGUGACUUAUAGACUUUUUUCUCUGCAGGUGAUAUUCGAGGCAGUUCGUGGAUCAAGUUUCCGAAGUGACAUUGCACUGGAUGAUAUAAGCUUUAAGGAUUAUCCUUGCCGUAAGUCACUUCUUUUCAAAAACAUGACGUACAGUCUAUCAUGAUAUCUCGCGCGAUCUCUCUAACGGGACGGAAAAGGCUGGGGGGGGAGGGGGGAGGGGAGAAAGCCCAGAAAGUGUGCGAAAGGGAAACAAGCGUCAGCUCGGAAAGGGUAUUAACCGUGUACACCCUAACAUCAGAAUUCAUAUUCUCCAUACUGUUUGCACAAAUUUUCUAUGGUGCUGACAAGGAGAAUUUGUCUAACAAUCAAGGGCCUAUUUAAUCAUUGUGAUCAUUUCCUCGACUCUCGCGUAUUUCAGGGUGUUAUUUUUGGGAGAAAUUUAAUGCUAGUCACUCUUAGGGGUUGAAAGGUUAAAGUAAGACGCUCUACUUCCACAUUUAAAUAGUUUUGAGGUACGCUAACUCAUCAACUAUAUAACUAUAAUCAAAAUCUACCCAAGUAGCGUACAGCUAACAGUACGAUCCCACGUGGAUCUGAAUGUGGAGGACUUCAAGCAUAACCGUGGAUUUCUUUUUAUCCUAUAGUGGAAGCCGUCGGUUGUUACUUGGACAGCGUCUCUGCGCGUGCGUUUCCCGAUUUACUUAAGAACUUUCGAGGACAUAUAGACUGGUACCAUAUAGAAAACACCAUCGGCGACUGCGCCAAAGAAGUGCAAAAACUAAACCUCGCGGUAAGUCCAGGUAAAACCAUAAAGGAUGCCCGUUCCUAUGCAUUAGGAAAAUCUGAGCGGAUAAGUUGUUCACAAAAUCUUCGUGGUUUUCAGCAGCGCUGUGAUAGUUUUAGGCGAUCGCCAACCUUUCGUAACCCCUCCUUCUUGCUAGACCUUGCUACCGAUACGUACAUUCUGUAUUUCAAACCAUGAACUCUGGGUUUUAACCCAUUCACCUCCAUGAUCUGAAAACCAAUUCUCUUCACUCUCUGUCGUACAUUUUUUAACAUUUUCGCGAUGAGAAUUUGGUGUUCAUUCGAUAUUUUGGACCCUCCCAGGAGUGAAAGGGUUAAAUCCACCUCUCUAAACCACUAAGAUCUGAGGUAGCCUCCAUCGUUGCCGUUACUCCCUCUCUCGUCACUGAACAUGCUCUUUCCAACGGAAGGGAAUGGGAAAGAAAGUGUGACAGAAAUUAGGGCGUGCUGCGUGACCAUCCAUCAAUAUAAUAUACAGAUUUAACCAAGCCUGAAUGGAGCACAAGAAGGUUAACUUUCUUGUCCUUCACUUUACUGAAACUCCUCACUAGCUGUUGCAGAGUUGGCUUACAACUUUGUGACUGGUCAUAAUUUAAAUAGGGGUGGGAAGAGGAGUCCAGGUUUUUUUUUUCGAAGAAGUAGGGUGGGCUUUGCUUUUUUUUAUAAAUGUUACAAAUAUGGAGUUUUUCAUCUUCUGUCCCAUCUUUUACUUUGCUCACCUUAAGAGUGAUUAAGAACCACUCUAAUAAACUGUGUAUAAAAUGCAUCAAUCAAUUCGAAGCUUUACUAUCCCACAGGCAGCCCCCUGGAAACUUGAACUUUUGAAGAUUAGCUUGUUCAAGUUCCUUCCCCCCCCCCCACCAACCUUGAGCAAAAAUUGCCUCCUAACGGCUCACCCAAUACUGAACAAUUCUCUGUUGAACAAUGUUGUAAAAUUAAGUCUCGUAUUAGUUUCUGGUGCUGCUGUUGGGUUUUUUCUUGUAAGUAUCAUUCUACAAUAUCAGGAGCUCCUGACAAUGUGAAAAUGGUCUUUCUAAUCCAUUCACUCACCACAGCAGACUCUUUACCUUUAAACUCCUACAUUAAAGCAUGUAUAUUAAGCUUACACUUCCGGUUCAAAUGCCUCACCCCACCCAGGCAAGGUUCAAAUGCCCAUGAGUUGUCCAGGGUUGAAGCUCUGAAUUAAUGGGCGCAUAACACAAUUCAAUUAUCUUUAAAUAAUUGUUAUUGUGUUAGGUUUUUGCUCUUCAGUUCUAUGGAGAAUGCUGGAGUGGCAGCCCAGAGAAGAUACAGUAUGACAAAUAUGGAAUCGCCCCAUCUGAGGACUGCUGGGAGGGGGUUGGAAAGCAUUGGACAAACUUUGUUUAUAAGAUAGUUUAGUAGAAGGUAAGAAUGUUUCAAUUCUUCUCAAAUAGCAAAUUAUGGUUGUCUUGUUCUCAAAGUCAGUCAUAUCAUUUACCUAUCAAACUUCCUUAUAGAAUUAGAGAAGAUAAGGGAAAGCCCAUAUAGGACAAGCUUUCACAUGUACUUUCACAGUAUCAGAAAGCUUGUGUUUAUUCUAGAUAGCAACAUGACAGUGGAAUUUAAAAUCCCAAGCAGCAAAUUUUUGUGAGAUUGCCUCACCCUUCAGGCAGUGAAGUAACAGGAAUGUAGAGCCUCAAGAGAAAUAAAACGGACCCACGCCGGUCUGCAAUUCACCCCAUCUACAUGUGUGCUGUGCACUCAUUGAGAAGUAGUUUUGAAGUGUUUGGUAAUGGAGAAAAUCUAAUUUUAAUCUUCUUAAUUUGCAGCCUGGAAGGACCUGGCUUAUCAUACAAAGAUCAUUAAAGGAAACAAACCUGUUUAAAACAAUAAUAAUUAAAUCUAGUACUGGUUAAAUAAAAAAAAAAAACUCAAUAAAGGAAGUUGAAAUCAU